GCUCUGCCACGUUUGCAUUUGACACACGAGCGGAUAUUGAUAUACAGCGUCCUUUAAAUCAUCACCGUUGCCACGUGUGUCAAAAUACCCGUGUCAUAUCGGUGUUUCAUAACAUCUAAACUCCCAUCAACCAUUUAGGGUCAUCCUGGGUUGCUCACCAGCUUUUUCCGCUAGCAAAAUAGCUUAUAUCGAUCAGAAUUCAGUGUUAUGUUCAGAACUGGUGGUUCCGGAGUCGAAGCACAAACAGAGUAAAGGAGCUUAUUCAUCGAAAGGACCUGCAAUCACGGUAAUGGAUCUUCACAUGUUUGACAUGUGUUAUCAGGGGAUAACAGACGGUGUUCAGCCAAAUAUGAUAAGACACGAAACUUACCAAGACUCCGAGUACAGCGCCUCCGCUCAGAGUGAUCUCGCUCGGCUUGGUUUACAACUACCGCGACAGAGGGAGGACGACGCUCAAUUGCUCUCCAAAAUAUCCUCCAUGCUCAGCAAAGUCGCCGAAAAUCAGCUAAGACAAGGAGAAAAUAUAGGAUUAGAGGAGGGGAGAGAAGACAACGAGUCAGGGUCGAGUGGAUAUGGAUCCAUAAGCAGUCGGCCCGGAUCUGUGGAACCAGCCGACCCUGUAAAUGAGCAGCAAGGCCGAUACAAAAACGUGGAACUCACUCCUCUGGAACGAGACACGUUUAUGGCAGAAGGGAUACCUCUUCCUAAUGGUGGCCACCUCACGAAGACACAAGAGCGAGCUCUGAAGAGAAUACGAAGAAAGAUUAAAAACAAGCUUUCGGCACAAGAAAGCAGAAGGAAGAAAAAGGAAUAUGUUGAGACUCUCGAGAAAAGACUGGAGUCUUUUAUCUUGGAAAAUAACACGCUAAGGGAUCGCGUGAGCUCACUCGAUAACACCAUCAAGGGUCUACUUACGGAACUUCAAGGUCUCCGGAAUGAAUCAAAUACCAACACGAGGGAACCGCAGACAAAGAGCCGCUCUGUCCAGACAGGCAUAUGCCUCAAAUGCUAUUUGAAGAAACAUUAGAGUGCAGUAACGACCGCCAGAUCUGACUCAAACAGGGGCGGCAUAGGGCAGAUGCCCCACCAUCCAGAGACACGCUUCCCCGUGCGAGCUCCCAAAGCGUAAUUUUGCCUAAAUUUGGGCAUGAUCCAACAUCCCUCCCCCACCCUCCCCCUACAACGGUUGCGAAACUGGCAAUCGGGACGGUAGGAGUGGUCUUUUAAUGCCAAUUUCCUGGAAGAAAAACCCUCUUUUUUUCUCAAACACAGUAGAGGGGUUAAAGAGAGGGGGGAGGGGAUGAGGAGUAAAGGAUCAAGAUGAUGGGGGGGGGUGGGGUUGGUAGCACACUUUUUGUCACCACCACUGCAAAUCAUAAGAUUAUAGGAGACUCAUAAAUCAGCCUCUGUAACUGGUGCCGAAAAAAAAACAAAUCGUUUUCGUGACAUCACAUAAGCAAAGGCAAACUGCAUUUUAGCUUAAGUUGGUCAAACCGUCUAACAGCCGGGUUCAUCUCCUUGUAUCAUAUUCUAGAGUGAUUUUCAAAAUCAAGUGCAACAAAAUUAAAUUGUUAAAGUGUAAUAGUCAGAACAAAAGAGAGCAAAGACAUUACAGUGUAUUAGUACUAAAUAAACUCAAUAGUAUUUCACGGGUUUUGAAAACCACUCUAUACGUGUUUCAAUUAACUUAACAUAAAUAUAGGCUGGUACUUCAUGCAGCCAUCAAUAUACUGUACCCUAUAUACUGAACCUAAUCCUAACCAAAAGAUGGCUACAUGAACUACUGACUCGAGUAUUGCACUGUGAGGAGCUGUUGCUGACUAAUGUGACCGAAUUCUCGAAGGCCCGGCGGGUAGAUCUUUGUGGGCUCUCUUUCGGGCCAAACAAAGAAAGCGGCGAAUCCUCGAGCAUGGCGAGAAGUGCUUGUAAUGUACAAAGACUCUUUAUAUAAAGCCAAAGUGUUAUGUAUAGAAUGUAAAUUUGUUAUAAUAAAAUCAUAGUGCGAUGAUUAUAUAACAAUUAUA